CGUAUCCUAUGUAUCAGAGUGUUAGGCUUGUGCAUCGCUAAAUCUAGGCGUAUUCUAUGUAUCACGGUGUUAGGCUUGUGCAUCGCUAAAUCUAGGCGUAUUCUAUGUAUCACGGUGUUAGGCUUGUGCAUCGCUAAAUCUAGGCGUAUUCUAUGUAUCGGUAUUAAAAUACCUUGCCCUGGAGCACAUUUUACUCACUACGCUUCUGUACUACACACAACCUUACUAAGACUAAAAUCACUUAUCUAAUAUUUAAAAAAAAUGUUAUACUUUUAAAGAAUGAAGUGCAGGCAGUGGAUGUCAUCAAACGUUAAGUAACGCUGCUUCCUUUUCAGAAUUGCAAACAGAGUAGUUUGCUGUGACUAACACUUCUACUUCUUGGAAGGCAGGAAAGAAAAAACAUACUUUAAAAAAGGUUAGGAUUUCCUUGAAUAAAAUGUUGUCUUCGCUCAAUGCUUUUUUUUUACUAGAAACAUCCGUGAAAGUGUCUAAUAGUUUCGUCUCACUGCAGUGCUUGUGUUGAGUUUGACAUUUAGUCUAGAGGGAUCAGACAAUUCUGUAGGAACAUAUGAAGUCAGGAAUUAAAUAGAGUUGAACUUUGACAGCAAUCUAGUUCGUGAUCUUCUUGAGUUAAUAUGAUGACGUCAGCUCAAGUCACAAUGCCCAGAAUAAGACGUGUAACAAACCUACUCCUUUACAUCGUCUGUCUGGUGUGUGCAGAUGAACGCUUGCUAUUCCAGUCCACUCCAAAUUUUCUAAUCAUUGGUGCAACAAAGGAAGUGUCCUUUGCAUGUUCUUGGACAGGCUUAGGAUCUUUCAGCAUAAGACGAGUGCAUUCUAUACAGUUAAUGAAAGAGACAAACCAAGGUUUUAAAAGUAUGGCUGCUUUAAAACAUCCAGAUGACAUGAGCACCACAUCAGUUCAGACCCACAACAAAUCUGACAUUGAAGUGACCUACUGGAAACACCAGAACUGUUUGACUUUGUCUGUAUUGCUGGCGAAGCCAAGUGCUGGUACAUAUAUUUGUCGUGUGGAUGGAGUCGAUGCCAAGGGAUCUUCCUUUCAGGUCAAUGAAAGUUUAAAGGUCACACUUAAAGAGGAUUGCUCAACAGACCAAAUGUAUUUCGGACCUACAAUACACAACAAUACGAAGUAUUAUUUGUCUAAAUUCGGUGCCUUGGACGCUGAGGAUGCUGAUUCUAGGUGUAAAUCUCUUGGUGGAUAUUUGAUGGAGGUGGAUGAUGAAGAAGAGUUCGAAAUAGCUAGCAAUCUAGCAAACGAUACGGACGUGGACAAAGCAUAUAUCGCCGGAUCAGAUUACGAAACAGAAGGCACUUGGAUCUAUCCCCGAACUGGCCAAAAAAAUACGUUUGUAAAAUUGAGUUCAAGCAAACAUCAUUCUAACCCAAGCACUCGGGAUUGUCUAGAAAUUGCAUUUAAAUUUGACUCAGGCAUCCAUGAUGUCUCAUGCGAUAGUGACAACGCUUAUUUUUGUGAGGUAGAGGUUUCCUCUUUUAAUUGAAAACAGGAAGUGACGUACUUAGGAAUUUGCCAUCAUCUAGGGGCCCUGGGGGGUGCUUAACCCUUUUUGGGGCCCCUGCAUUUUGCGUAACAUUUAAUAUUUUAUGUAAAAAAAAGUGGGGGCCUGGGGGUAUUGUAGAAUUCUCCCCCCCCCCUACCUAGCUACGCCUCUGAAAACAAGCAGCAUUUUUUCACGCUCCCUGAUAGAGCUUAAACGCUAGAACCAACUCACUAUUUAAAGAACUAAAAAGUACCUAUUCUACAAUAAGGCAAAGAUGGAUAACUCUAAGUGGAAGGAUAUAAAAAAAACAGGCUCAUUUCGUCGAAAAAAAAAUUGAACUUACUUUCCUGAUAAUCCUGAUAAAUGUAAAACCUGUAAAUAAAUGGUACUAAGAAGUACAAAAUAGUUUUAACACAAACAAUAGAAGAAAUAAUUCUUUUUAAACCAAAGCUUAUCAUUAGUGCCAUUUGUCUGAAAAUUAUAGGGUUUAGCUCCCUUUCGUUUAUAUAAAACAAAAUUAAUUAAUGAAUUAGAAUUAGCUGGUUAAUUUUUUGAAUUGAGUUGUAUAUUGUUAUCGACUAUGAAUAACUUAACAAAAUUUCAACUAGAUCCGAGAAUGAGAAGUGGGAAAAAUAUGUGUCAUAGAGUAAUAAGCGGACUAAAUCCAUAUAUAUAUAUCCCCAUCUCUUAUGUAGCAUUUAUUCCCCUUAUUUUGAAAUCAAUCAAAAUAAUUAAUCACCCACAAUUAAUAAAAAACAUUUUAUUUGUUGAUUGAUUCAUGUCAGGUACAAUGAAUGAUGGUGCAAGUUUAAACUUGAUCCGAGAAUAGGAAAUAAGAGAAAAACAUGUUCAAACUUUUUACCACACUGACGGACAGACAGGCAGAGUUAAUAUAAGCUUCUAAAUAAAACGUUGCAUAUCAGCAGCAUAUGGUUAGUUAGAAUUAAAGUGAAAUUCAACCUAAACGCUUUUUAAAAUUAUUAUAUUUUACUAUUUAGUGCACUGUAAUAUUCUUCUUCUUCUUCUUGAAACUGUCAGGUAGAGUUGAGCCUUCGGCUCUUGGAACUCUAGGCCAGCCAAAGUGAACAAGAGCUCUCUCUCUUACCGGCCUGAAUGAGAACAGGGUACACUGCUCUGUCUGACGGGUGGGUCAGACUCGUGGCAAGAGACCGCGUACACUAAGACCCCCGCCAUUUUCCUUUUCUAUACCAGGCUAACCGUGCGGGACACGCCAUUUAUGUAACGGCCCCUUGAGGAACAGCGCCUGGAUUGUGACAAGGUUGUGGGAACUUUUUUACAAUUCCACACAGUGCAAUGAGGAUGCUCUCGCACCCCCCUUAGGCACCCCCACGG